UUUCGCCGCUAGAGGCGCUCUAAAAAUUUAAAAUUUUUGUUCCCUCCUUUUAGCUGUUAGAGGCGCUGUAGUCGAGGUUAAUGUGCUUUACGUGGUCGGUAAGGCUAAAUUCUAACUCGUGAUGUAUCUGAAUGUUCUGAAUGACAACACAGAAGAGACAAAUGGAUAAAAAUAAUAAUAAUCUUGUGUAGCAAAAGCAUUUACUGGGAAACAAGUUUAUUCAGACCCGUAACGAAUUAUUAAUUUAUUGUAGUGAAUUGAAUAAUUAUUUAUGAUUUAUAUUGAAUAAGUAAGUAAAUAGAAUAAAAAAUGUUUAUCGUCGGCCUGACUGGUGGAAUAGCCACUGGCAAAAGUACUGUUUGUGAAAUAUUCCGUGAACAUGGAAUUCCUGUGGUGGAUGCUGAUGUUGCAGCUCGUCGAGUUGUGGAACCUGGUAAAACGGCCUGGUCGAAAAUAAGAAAAGAAUUCGGUGACGAAGUAUUUGAUGAUGAUGGCUAUCUUGAUCGGAGUAAACUCGGUGAUUUAAUUUUUAAUGACAUUGAAAAAAGACGGAAAUUAAAUGCAAUAACUCAUCCUGAAAUUUAUAAAGAAUUGUGGUGGGAAACGUUAGAUUAUUUCUUUCAAGGAUAUCCAUAUAUUGUUAUGGAUUUACCGCUGCUAUUUGAGACUGGAAAAAUGCAAAAUUAUUUGUAUAAAAUAAUUGUCGUUACUUGUGAAGAAGACCAACAGCUUGAACGUUUAAUGAAACGAUCAGAUAUUGAUGAAGCAAAAUCUAAACAACGAAUAACUUCACAAAUGCCUCUGGAAAAAAAAAUUGAGCAAGCUAAUUUUGUAAUUGAUAACUCUGGUAGCCGGGAAGAAACAAAAAAGCAAACAAUUAAAAUAAUAAAUCUUCUGAAUAGUUAUAAGCAGCACUGGCGAAUCCGCUUUACACUUGGUGUUUUCUGUGUUGUAUUAGUGGGAGGAAUUUACUGCCUGGCAACCAAAUUCCUCAUUGAUGGCUCUACUCAGUGACAUAAUUGUAAAAAAUAGUUACACAUUUAUCAAUUCCAUUAGCAAUAUUCGUUGAUUAAGUUUUUUUUAUUCAAUUAUUUUAAAAACAAAAAAACUCAAAU